AUGGAUAGAAAGUCGAGUUCAUAGGUCAGAUAAAGAAAAGCCAAUAAAUAAAAUGCAGAAUAAAAGUAAGAGCCAAUAUUGAAUUUUGAAGAAACACACAUAAGUGUUUACGAUGAGCAAUAAUUUGCUGGCGAAUUGUUAGCAAAAUAGUUUAUAGAUCAUUUGAUAGAUGAAGGAGCUAAAGUGCUAUACGAUCAUUAUCUAUAAUCUAAAGUCGCUUAACACACAACAGAUACAAUGUUUACUUUAAUUGAUGAUAUAAUAAGAUUGCAAUUCAGAAAAUAGGAUAAUAGAUUUAAUGAUCAUUCUGAACUAAAAGAAGAAAAAAUACCUAAAAACCAUUACGAUGCACAUUCAGCAUAUGCAAUUAACAUAGAUAAAAAACUUAUCAAUUUAGAAGACGAAUAAGUUGAUGACCUAAUUUAGUAACCUACUAGUCCCUAUAGGACUUAGAAAACAUUUAAUUCAACCCGUUCUAAAUUAAGGCCUAUGUCUUCAACAAUAACAGAAGAACUUGGUAAGACUAAAAGAAAGAAACCUGAAAAUGAUCUAAUACCUAUCCCAGAGCCAGAGAAAACUUUGGAAGAUCAAUUGUUAUUGAAUGAAGAAUAAAAAAUGAGAACAAUUUAUAAUCUCUAGCUUAAAGAACUCCAAAAAAAGAAGGAGUAAGAGAAAUUAAGAUAAGAGGAAGAAAAAAAGAUUGAAGAAUUUAAAAAGAAAGCAAGAAAAGAUUUGGAUGGAAAAUCCUACACGUACGAUUAUAAUGGAUAGCCUAUUUUCUUUAAUAAGAAGAAACAAAUUGAUUAGUAACCUCUUGUAUGCACAGUACCGUUUUAGAUAAAGUCAUCGAAGAAUAAAGAUAGCAAAGAUGAAAUUAUCGAAGCAGAUACUUCGAAAUUAACUUAAGAAUAAAAGGAUGAUUUAGAGAAAAUAAAAUCAAUUGCAAAAUCAGGAAAUUCUAAUCACGUUGAAAAAGCUAGAAGAAAAUAAUCUUCAAAUAGUCAAGUUUCUAACCUUGAUUCUUCUAUAAACAGAAGAAGAAGUUCAAUAGAUUCUAAGUGGAGAAUGGAGGAAGCUUUGAAAAAGAAGAUUCUCAACAUUCCUAUUGAAGAAGGCCAAGAAGUUCCUGCAAAAUAAAGAACUUUGAAAUAAAAUGUCUAGCCAGCUCCUCCCAAGCAAGCCAAAAAGGAAGAAAUCCCUGAUGAAGUUUACAAUAAUGGAAAUAUGAGAUAGACUUCUAUGAUUCCCUAUAUGACCAUUCGUGAUGGAGUCAAACUUACAGAGUAUCAAAAUGGUAAUGAGGUGACAAAAUUGCCAGAUGAAAAACCUUCAACAGAUUAAGAUGAGAAUAAAAAGAAGCAAAUGACCAGAAAUGAAUAUUUUAAAUUAAUAGAAGAUUCUAGGUUUUAAGAACCUCAGUUUAGAUAAUAAUAAAUGUCUAAUAGUAGAGGUACAUUUACGUAAAGAGGAGAUUUGAACUCAAGAGAGAAUAUUACAUAGCAAGAAGACAUAAAGAGUUUUGAAAGAGAAGAAAAAGAAUUCAAAAAAUAAAGAGUCGCUUCUAUGCUAAUUGAUGAAAAUUAAAAUGUGAACGAUUUAGAUGAAGAAACUUAAAAAGAAAACAGUGUUUAUUAAGCUAGUGUAAAUGGGUAUAAAGCAGAUCAUUUAGUAAUAAAAGAUACUUAAGUAAAAAGAAAAAGAAUUAGCUCUCAAGUGGAUGCAAAUACUUAAUACAAAUACAAUAAUAUCAAUCCAAAUUACUUUAAAAACUACGUCCCUAAUCCAUCAUUCAAUAAUAAUAAACAAGAAACAAAAAAUCAAAAUAAAACAAAGGAAAAUAAUGUAGAUGGUAGGUAUAAAAGAUCCAUCACUCAUGAUAAUCCUACUCAACAAUAAGUACAAUAAAAAUCAUAGCUAGAAAAUAGUAAAGAACAAUAAAAGGCAGACACUCAAGGAAUUGUUUUACCUUAAAUUCCUGCUUUCUAAAAGAAAAAACAAGCUAUACUUUAAGAUAUUUUUAAUUAAGAGCAAAAAAGAGUCUCUAGCAGUAAAUAAAGAUAAAGAGUUAAAAAUAAUUCAUUAACAGGUGGAAAUGCAGUAAACAAUGGAAUUGAUAUGAAUAACUCGAAUAACAAUAAUAAAUUGAACAUAACUCACAUAGAUCACUUUGCAUAAUCAAAAACAAAAAUAAAUAAUACAGCAGCAGCACCUAAAUACCUAAAUAAUCAAAAAUACUUAAAUAAAUCUGUUGACAUAUGUGCUGGAUAAAAGAAACAUAGUACUACUUUAGUGGAGCAAAAUUUAAGAGAAAAGUAAGCUGCCUUAUUAGAAAAAAAUAGAAAUAUAAUAACCUUUGGUAAAAAAGAGGAACUUGUUUAGCUUUUAAUAAAUGAAUGA